UCGCGCCACCAAGACAACAACAGCUCGCCGGUUUGGCCGGCGCAUGUUGUGCUGUCAGCCUCCUCCUCCACCUCCUCAGCCCUCUUCCUUAUUAAUCCGGUCGAUUUAAUUUUUUGCUUGAUCUUGCGCACAUUUUCCUCAAUUUUGGCUCCCUCACUCCCCCCCAGCGCGACAAUCCAAGCGGAGGAAGGGGGAAGACGGCCCUCGUGAGACCGAAGGAGGCAGACGAGAUUUCUCUCACCGGGAAAGCUCGAUUAGGUGAUCCGAAUAAGGGUUCAGAUAAUUCUUUUCUGUCUUCUCUGGAGGAUUUGUGGUUCAACUCGUUGAUUUUUUUUUUUUGGGGGGUGGGGGGUGGGGUUGGGAGGGGAGGAGAAUCGGAUCUUGUAACCAAAUCGAGUUUUUGUUGACUGAGCGAAACCUGUCUUUCGAUUUGAAAUAUUCUUUUCGGUGUGUUGUGGCGGCUUAGACGGGGAAAAGUGGAGCUUUUGUUUCGUGCUCUAGAGUUUUCCUGGCCCCUUUCAUCGAUUGAGAGAAGACCCAUCAACCCAAUCACCUCCCAUUCCGCUGCCUUUGCCCUUUGUUUCUCUUGGAAACAGUUGAUUCGUUCUGGUUUACAGAUCACGUAUAUAGCAAUCAAAACAAAAUAAGUGAAUUUUCUUUUUUGUUGAGAAAGGUUUUAGGUUUAGAUUGUACUUGAAAUAGAAAUGGGCAAGCCGACUGCCAAGAAGAAGAGUUCAGGAAGUAAACACAGUAAUACAAACUCGAAGCACAGCAAAUCCAACGAACACAACCCAAAAGUCUACGAUGAGGAUACGACAAUAUUCAUCGACAUGGCUCGGGAUUUAAAAGAGGAGGGCAACAUGUUGUUCCAGAAGCGGGAGUUUGAGACAGCGUUGCUGAAGUAUGAGAAGGCCACUAAGCUGCUUCCGAAGAACCACAUUGAUCUUGCAUACCUCCACAGCAACAUAGCAGCUUGUUAUAUGGAGAUUAGCCCUGAGGAUUACCACCUUGCAAUAAACGAGUGUAAUCUAGCCCUCAAGGUCUCACCCAAUUACAGCAAAGCCCUACUGAAGAGGGCCAGGUGUUUUGAAGUCUCGAACAGGUUGGAUUUAGCCUGUAAAGAUGUCGAUCUUGUUUUGAGUUCAGAACCGAACAACCUCACAGCAUUGGAGAUUUCGGAACGAGUGAAGAAGGAAAUGGAGAAAAAGGGCGUCGUAUUAGAUGAUAAGCCACUUUUUCCACUGCCAGAAUCCUUGACAGUGAAAGAAAAGCCAAGGAAGAAGAAGAAUAGCCACAAGUCCAUGAAGAAGCUAGUUGAUAUGGGGGAGAAAUAUGCUGAAGUUAAGGAGAAGCCUAUGAAGAGCAUGAAGUUAGUUUUUGGGGAAGACAUAAGAUUGGCUCAGAUACCAGCUGAUUGUACAAUGUUGCAGUUGAGGGAGAUUGUUGGCAGCAAAUUUCCAAGCUUGAAAGCUGUCCUUAUCAAAUAUAAGGAUAAAGAGGGUGAUUUGGUAACAAUCACUACAUCUGAAGAGCUGAGAUGGGCGGAAAAAUCUGCAGACUCGCCAGGGUCUGUUAGGCUGUUUAUUGUUGAAGUUAGUCCUGAGUUUGAACCUUUGCUUGAAGAGGCAAAAAACAGCUCUUCAAGGAGGAAGCUGGACAUAGAAAAUAAUUCCAUAUCUGAAAGUGGGAACACAAGAAGUGAUGAUGACAGGGUCUCUUCAGUUUAUGUUGAUGACUGGAUUGUGCAAUUUGCUCAGCUAUUCAAGAACCAUGUUGGAUUCAGCUCUGAUGCAUCUCUGAACCUUCAUGAAUUGGGAACGAAACUAUAUUCAGAAGCAGUGGAAGAGACAGUCACAAGCGAAGAGGCACAGGAAAUUUUUCAACUUGCUGAGGAUAAAUUUCAGGAGAUGGCAGCUCUGGCCUUGUUUAAUUGGGGAAACGUGCAUAUGGCGCGAGCAAGGAAAAGAUUGUCCUUACCAGAAAAUGCCUCAAAGGAGUCACUGCUUGCACAGAUGAAAACUGCAUAUGAAUGGGCUCAGACUGAGUAUGUUAAAGCGGGAAAGUGUUAUGAUGAAGCCUUGGAAAUUAAGCCUGACUUCUAUGAAGGUCGUCUUGCGCUUGCGCUGCAACAGUUUGAGCAAACAAAACUUUCAUGGUAUUAUGCAAUUGGAAGCAAGGCAGAUUUGGAGAAGUGGCCAUCAUCGGAAGUCCUAGAGCUAUUCAACCAUGCCGAGGAUAAUACUGAAAGGGGAAUGGAGAUGUGGGAACAGAUAGAAGAUCAGCGGUUAAAGGGACUCUCUAAACCCAACAAGGAAAAAACCUUGUUGCAAAAGAUGGAUCUUGAAGACUACUUCACAGAGCCCUCAACUGAUGAGGCGGCAGAAAUUGCUUCAAAUAUGAGGUCUCAGAUAAAUAUAUUAUGGGGAACCAUUCUUUAUGAGCGGUCUGUUGUGGAAUUCAAAUUAGGCAUUCCAAUGUGGGAAGAGUGCCUUAAGGCAGCGGUAGAUAAAUUUAAGCUAGCAGGUGCUUCUCCAACUGACAUUUCUGUUAUGAUAAAAAACCACUGUGCCAAUGAAACUGCCCAAGAAGGAUUAGGCUUCAAGAUUGAUGAGAUAGUUCAGGCAUGGAAUGAGAUGUAUGAUGCAAAAAAGUGGAUAAGCGGUGUUCCAUCAUUUAGGCUUGAGCCUUUAUUGCGGCGACGAGUCCCGAAGCUGCAUGAUACAUUGGAGGCAUCAGUUUAGAAUUUAUGGGCAUUAUUGAGAAUAUCAAACCGUAUUUUGCUAUCUGCUGUCUGUGUUUUAAAUAGGUAGUAUUCUCAUUUUUCGUAUCUAAAAUAUAAGAGUCGUAUCUAAAAUAUAAGAGCUUUGCAUAUAUUGUUAAGGUAUUGUUAUCUAAGUUAGCUCUUUGCAUAUAUUUUGUUGUUAAGGUAUUGAUUGUUAUCUAAGUUAGCUGUAGAAAUUAACAAAAUGGGGCUAUUAGGACUUGUCUUUUAGCCUUAUCCAUCUUAUUUUGUGUAUACUGUUCUUUUUUAUCUGCUUGAUUAGAUUUGCCUUGUUUGUUUUGAAUUUCUUGAAAUAAUCUUAACAUCAGUCAUUUGGUGUUACUAUUUUUUUUCUUUCUUUUUAGAUCACAAUAUUUGUCUUUCAGUUAAUUUUAUGAUUUCAGUAUUUAUCAUCUUUGUUCUUCAGGGUUUUUCCUGAUAAAUUAUUCAUGAAGGAACCAGGAGAGCUAUUCGACUGCAUUUAAGAUCAAAACACAUAAGUGUAGCUGAAAGUUCACAAUCACUAUUUAUUAACUUCAAACUAGUUUACUCUAGCUCUUGCUGGUUGUUCCAGCUGUAUAAUGUUUUAGUAAUGUUGUGGUAGCUUUUGACUUGACCAUCUUACAAUGUUACGUUGUUCUAUGAGUUGCACACGUAGUGGUAGAAAUAAUAUAAAAAUUCAUCAUGGAUCGGCAAGGACAGUGCCUGAAACUGCAUGAUCAACUGUAAACCAUGGAGGGACAUGUAAGUUGAUUGACAUAUUAACUCAUCGAGAAUGAGUAGUUUUGGGAUUUUAAUUGGAUGUCAUUCUUUUUUGGCUCCUUUGUUCAUAUAUACAUCUGUCCUAUAUUUGGACCAUUAGCCUGCAAUAUAUGGUGAAGAACUUUCAGGACAAAUUUCAAUAGGUAAUGGCCUGUAUUGCUGUGUCUUAAAUAAGAUAAACCUGUAGAGCAAUGAACAGUUUGUCAGAACAUGCCGGCUUUGCUAUUAACCUACCAUCAUGAUUUCUGCAGAAGAAUUUUUAUCGCUAAGGCUGAUACGAACUCGUCUGUUCUUUCUUUGUAAUGAUACUUUAAGAGACAUCUCCUAACAAAACCUGGUUGCUUUCC